AUGAUGACGGUGGGCAUCAGGGAGUCUAUGAACUUCCACAGCGAGGAUAUCGCUUCGGGCGACCCGUUUGAGCCCCAUACUCAGAGCCACCACGUCCCCCGGGAAGCAUGUGUACAAAGGAGGAUUUCGAUCGACCGGGACGAGGACGAGGACGAAGGCACGGCAACCGUCGAGUUGGCGGCCAUCAUGACCACCGCGUCGACGCCCGUCACGCCUGGCCCCGCGAGCCCACCUCUGGAACAGCCCAAACCCACCGAUUUCGUGCCGCCGACGCGCCCUACCAGCACCCCGUUUCCCAAUGCGCAGCAGGGUCAAACUGACAUCCGCUGCUUGACCUGUCAGCCCAAAUGCCUCGGCGCCGAUUACUGGAGCCCCGUUUCCAUGCCUAUGGUGGUCGAGCAGAACCCCAUCCUGACGCUGGCCCGACUGCCCGCCGAGAUCCACGAGUGCAUUCUCGAUCACAUUUUCGGGUACCGCGUCUCCACCACCUCUCCGAGCUCCCUUAACAUACCGAGCGCCAAUGCCCGAAGCUGGAGCACCGCCCUCCGGCACUCGAGGAGGAAAGAGCUGUCCAACCUCGCCCUGGUCUGCCCCCUCUGGAGGGACCUGAUCCAGCAGCGGUUGUAUCGACAUAUCAAGUUGAAAGCUACUGUGCACUGCGUGAACGACGUCAUGGCCUUCUUCGUGCAACGCCCUCACCUCCGGACGUACGUGAAGCAUAUCGAGAUCUGGUUCCCCGUCUUCCAGCCCAAGUUCCGCACGACCGCUCCCGGCGACACAUCCCUCUCGUUACCGACCGUGUCUCCCGAGGGGAUCGCCAGCGCCACCUACGCGCUCCCGACCGACAACUCGACACUCGAGGAGGUAUUCUACCUCGUGAGCAUGCAAUUCCCUGAAGCGCAAGUCAUGACGCUGGAGGGCGGAGAGAGGAAGAAGGCGCCGCACGUCAAGUUCAACUUGUCCAAGCCUACGUGGGUCGCCCGAGACCUACCCGAGAUCUCGUCGAUCCGGGCCCUGAUAAUCAAGGGCCAGUGGAACAUUAUUCGGCAAGCGAAGGAUUGGGAAGUCAUAUCGCGUGCCUUGCCGAAUCUCGAAGAAUGGCACGGCACGUAUGCGAAGCCCAAGUCCAAGAGCUACCUUAGCAUGGCGAGCACGCUCGAGUGUCUCGAUCCGAAGAUCACGAGGCUGAACCUGUGCCUCGAGUGCGAUUAUCGAAGGGAGAUGACGUGCCCCCCCUACUAUCUCAAGGUCUGCGACCAGAUCCAUUGGUGCGAGAAGAUGGCCAAGGCGGCGAGCAACCUAGAACACAUCUCCUAUACCGGCCGCGUCUGUCACGGGUUCUUUAACAUCCUCGCCAAAUCCUCGAACCCCCGCACCACUCGGCUCAAGACCAUCGAUCUCACCGUUAAGAACUGUUGCCGCCAGAAUGCCCAGUGGAACGAGUCCGGUUCAGGCAUCACCGACAUGCAUUUCAUCGCCGCCUUCGAGCAGCUGGUGCUGGGCGGCAUCCGAGCCUUGGAACGUCUCAAGUCCGUCGAGUUGCUGCGGAUCCGAUAUGUCGAUCUCGUCCCUCCCCUGAACCCCUAUUUCAUGAUCAAGGACGGUUGGUGUUCUGGCGUCUGGAGCGACGAGAUCGUGGCAGAGAUUAACCACGUACGACCCGAUAUCCGCUUCGAGGAGAUGGUGGAGAGUUUCGGCGAGGUUUGCUAUAACAAGGACGGGCGGCUAAUCAUCAGUCCCGACUUUCCGAAGUCGCGGGUGCUCUCGCUCAAGCUGGCCAACUAUGCCAUGCUCUCCGGAGCCAUUACGAUUGUGUGA